GUCUUUCGCUUUCUUUCUUGUUUCUUACUUUCUUAUCUUUUGUGCUCCUCGGUUGGAGGUUUGGAGUCUAAGUACUCAUGUAAACUUCUAUCUUUGUGGUCAGAUUUGUUUCUUUACGGUCAUAAACAUUCACAUUUGAAUGUUCAAGGCCGGAAUUUUCCCUUAAUCUAAAAAAAUGCCAAAGUGCUCCUCACCCUCUUUAUUUUCUAUUGAACUCGUCUAACGUGGCCACCACUUUCUUCUCUAUAAGUUCUCAUCUUCCCUUGCAGUAAGUAGGUUUACUCUCUAGACACUGGAUAGGUGUCUACCUCCUUCAUAACAUUCAAUUGAAGGGAAGGAAUACUUCUUGAACUCUAAUGGCACGGGUACUCAGGUCUGCAGUUGCCCAGGAGACAGUUAGCCAAAUCCUAUCAGGUCUUGUUCAAAAUUAUGAGGAAAAAGAGGAAUCAAAUGCCAACAUAAACUUGGAGAGGCUAGAGAUGGCUCACAUCAGGCUCGAGGCUGCUCUUGAGACAUCAGAAAAGUGGCAGAUUACUAAUAGAUCCUUGUUGCGUUGGCGCAGGACGCUGAAGCGUGCUGCUCAAGAGUGUGAUGACACACUGCACAAAUACAAGCAUAGAGUCCUGGAAAAGGAACAGAUGGAACAGGAGGUGAGGAAUUCCUCCAUUCCUAACCGGAUUGUGCAUGCUACCAAGUCGUUUGCUCUCUCUAUAUUUAACCACGACAACGGAAUGUUGAGCAGAUCCAUUGUUCAAAGAUUUGAGUGGUUUGCAGAUGGUGCUUCUGAGUUUCUGAGAUUCAUAGAGCUUGGCGGAACACCACAUCGUCAGGUGACCUUCCACUCCCUUGUCAAGCACCUUUUUGCAGGCAAGGAACUACAUCAUAAAAUUGCCCACGGAAAGGAGUAUCCAUCUUUUCUAUUAUGGUUGGUGCCGUUCAGGACUGCAGAGCAUGGAAUAGAGGUUAGCCUGAUAUUUAUACACAAAGAUAGUAAUGCACCAGAGGGCAACUUCUUCUUGGGUAUAAUGCUACAGCUUUCAGAGAGUUCCGAUAUAGUUGGGAUGGCAAUUAGGUGCUUGCAGUUGUUUCCUCUUCAUUUCAAGUCUACAGUUGAAAUUAUUAGGAAAGAACUUACUCAUCUACCCACACAGGACUUCUUAUGGGUACCAUAUGUUGAUUCAUGGCAUAGAAAACACUGGGACAAUCUUCAUAGGUUUAGCACUCAAUGGUUUCGCUCAGACCCACUAUGUUGCAAGAAGCAUGAUUGGCAUGAGCUUCAACAUAUUAGCAGCCAAGACAUGGCAAGAUUAUCAGAUGUUUCUCUAGAGCCAGUAAUUGUUGUGAAUCUGCAGUGCCAAGUUUCACAGUCCAAGUACAGCAAACAGAAUACCUCGCUGUCUGCAAACAGUAUUCUUCUGCAAGAUUCACCAUUUUUGAAAGCUGGAAUUGUCUUUAUGCCCCAUGGAUCUUCAGAAGACAUGCUGCAUGUGAAUAAAACUUCUUCAAUGGUGGCUCUAGUUGGCGGGAAGCAAAAUUGCUUGCAUACAGACAUUACUUUGGAACAAGUAGAGGAGAUCAUACUUCCAAAGGCAAUGGAUUACUUCUGCCAAAAUCCUGAAGCGGCAAUGUACCAAAUGAUUUGGAAGUCUAAACAUGGCUCUGCACUCAUGCAGGUUGAGAAGGCAAGAAUGGGAACGCGUAGAACAAACAUGAGAACACGGAGAACUUUUAGGGGAGCUAGAAAAACUAAGGUGUCUCAAGGACAGGAUCAGGAGCUUCGGAGUCAGACACGUAUGGUCUCACACUUGCUGGACUUAUGGGGGGCACAUGUGCCAGUCCGGCUGCAAAGUUUGCUUAUGAACUGGAUGCAGAAAGAAAAGGAAGGGCACUUAGCAGCGCCAAAGCAGCUCCUGAAAUUCUAACUUAGAUUGACAGGUGAAACAGGGAGUAAUAGAAGAAUAUAAUUGGAAUGUUCUAUGGCGCUUAAUGUGUGUUUCAUAUGGUGCUGUUGUGUUUCUCAUAUGCCGGGUAUUACAUGGUUUUGCUUUCUUUUAAAUAAUAGAAUAAAACAAUUUUACA